ACAACAACAACAACAACAACACAGCGCUCGGCCACAAUUCAAUUCCACAACCCUCAACCUACACUCAACAAACUCAGACCCAGUGUUGUUGUACCAGCGCAGUUCCACAUAUAAAAUCCUAAAGCUCCCCUCAGCUGGAUACCGCUCCGCUCAGCCGACUCUGAAUCGCACUGCGCUGGAACUUCCACAACCUGCCGCGCUUGGUUCCUGUAAAUUCGUGAUUGCACACCAGCAACAUGUUGCUCUCCGCUAUUGUCUUCGCGGUCUCUCUGCUGGUGUCGGGAAUCCAAGCCCAAAGCUUCGAUCCUCAAUCUGUUUCUGACGAUCUGAAACUUUCAUGGUGUGAUGCCCAACUGGCGGCUUGCCCUAAGGUUUGCAAGAGUUUUGCAUCCGUCAACAAGUGCGAUGCGAAUGAUUUGUCCUUCACGUGUACCUGUGGGGACGGCAGCACCCCAGACCUUACCAAAUAUAUGAACACGAUCCCCUACUUUAUCUGCACGGCGACCUAUGGACAAUGUGUCAAGAGCCACCCCGAUGACUUGUCUGGCCAGAGAGUCUGCAAGACGAACCAAACGAAGUGCUUGGGAACCAUAGACCCUCUCAAGUCUGCGACAACCACGAGCCAGAUUGAGCAAACCAGCGCGGCCAAGCCCACGGGCAAACCCACCGUCACACCCACGACCACGAGCGAGCCAGCAGCCACAACCACCAGCAAUCCAGCUUCAACUCUUCGCAUUCCAGGUCAUUCCUCCAUGGGUAUCAUGGUUGCCUUGUUCCUCGCAGCAUUCAAGUUCUUCAUAUAGAUGCCUCCUAUCGUCACUGAUGGCCACUGUAUUAUUUUAAUACGAAUGAGGCCGACCGGCUUGUUGUGCUUUAAUGCUGAUCAUGCGUUUUUCAUGCUGUCCGUUAUGAUGUGAGCAGAAAUACUGAGAUGAACGGAAGAGAACGAGGAAAGAAUGCAAGGAAAAAAAAAAAAAGAAAAAAAAAAAA